AUCUACCGACAAAAACUGGACAGGUGAAUGAUCCUCUGUUAUUACCUGCAGUACAGUUUUCUGUUAUAAAUCAUCGCCUCCUCUUCUGACACUACACUACUACUAGUCUACUCUACUACACAAUCAGAAUCACAAUCACAAUCUCCACCGGAAAAUGGAACCCCGAUUUGCGCGGACCAAACAGAAAUCCGACGUGGCAGCCGUCCUCCGCAAAUCAUGGUACCGUCUCCGCCUCUCCGUCCGUCACCCCUCCCGCGCCGCCACGUGGGACGCCAUCGUCCUCACGGCCGCCAGCCCCGAGCAAGCCCAGCUCUACCACUGGCAGCUCCACCGCGCCAAGCGUAUGGGCCGCAUCGCCCCCUGCACCGUCACCCUCGCCGUCCCCGAUCCGCUCGGCCAGCGCAUCGGCUCCGGCGCCGCCACUCUCCACGCCAUUCGCGCCCUCGCCCUCCACUACCGCAAAUUAAGGGACCCAAACUCCCAGGUGGAGCGAAGUGGAGAUGGUGAAGUGGUUAGCUACAUUGCGAAAAGGCAUAUAUUGUUGCUUCAUGCUGGAGGGGACUCUAAAAGGGUGCCGUGGGCGAAUCCCAUGGGGAAAGUUUUCCUGCCACUUCCUUAUCUGGCAGCUGAUGACCCUGAUGGGCCGGUCCCGCUGCUUUUCGAUCACAUACUUGCAAUUGCUUCUUGUGCAAGACAAGCUUUUAAAAAUGAAGGGGGAAUGUUUACCAUGACUGGAGACGUACUUCCAUGUUUUGAUGCCUCCAAUUUGGUGCUUCCAGAGGACACAUCCUGUAUCAUCACAGUUCCUAUCACCCUCGAUAUUGCGUCUAACCACGGUGUUGUUGUGGCAUCUAAGAGUGGAAAUGCUGAAAAUAAUGUCAAUCUAGUUGAUAACCUCUUACAAAAGCCUAGUGUAGAGGAACUUGUUAAGCACAAUGCAAUUCUUGACGAUGGCAGAGCACUUCUUGAUACUGGAUUAAUAGCGGUUAGAGGUAAAGGGUGGGAGGAGCUUGUUACACUUGCGUGUUCCUGCCAGCCAAUGAUUUCAGAACUUCUGAAGACCAAAAAGGAGAUGAGUUUAUAUGAAGAUCUUGUAGCAGCUUGGGUACCUGCAAAGCAUGACUGGUUGCGGCUACGCCCCUCAGGCGAAGAACUUGUCAGCAGAUUAGGAAAGCAGAAGAUGUACAGCUACUGUGCUUAUGAUUUGUCGUUCUUACAUUUUGGAACCUCCAGUGAAGUUUUGGAUCAUCUGAGUGGAGCUGGUUCGGGACUGGUGAGUCGAAGACACCUUUGUUCUAUCCCGGCAACCACUCUAUCUGACAUAGCAGCAUCUGCUGUUAUUCUUGCUAGCAAAAUUGCACCUGCUGUCUCAAUUGGGGAAGAUUCUCUUAUAUAUGACUCAACCAUUUCCAGUGGGAUACAAAUUGGUUCCUUGUCCAUAGUUGUUGGUAUUAAUGUUCCAGUCAUAAGUGGUAAUGCAGCAGAAUAUCCAUUUAGGUUCAUACUUCCGGAUCGUCAUUGUCUUUGGGAGGUUCCCUUAGUAGGAUGCACUGGAAAAGUAAUAGUGUAUUGUGGCCUUCAUGACAACCCCAAAAUUUCACUCUCUAAAGACGGAACUUUUUGUGGGAAGCCCUGGAGGAAGGUCUUGUAUGAUUUAGGAAUUGAAGAAAAUGAUCUUUGGAGCUCAACUGGUAAUCAGGAAAAGUGUUUAUGGAAUGCAAAGAUAUUCCCUAUUCUUUCUUAUUUUGAGAUGCUAAGUGUGGCAACUUGGUUGAUGGGCUUGAGUGAUAAAAAAUCUGAGGAGUUGCUUUUGCUGUGGAGAAGUUCAUCCCGUGUCAGCUUGGAGGAGUUGCAUAGAUCAAUUGAUUUUUCAAAAAUGUGUACAGGUUCCAUUAAUCAUCAAGCAGAUCUUGCGGCUGCAGUCGCUAAAUCUUGCAUUAAUUAUGGCAUGCUUGGAUGCAACUUGUAUCGUUUGUGUGAAGAAAUUCUGCAAAUGGAAAAUGUAGGAGUCAAGAUAUGUAAUGAUUUUCUAGAUCUUUGUCCCACACUCUUGGAGCAGAACAGUAAGAUUCUUCCCAAAAGCCGUGCAUACCAGGUUCAAGUUGAUCUUCUUCGAGCAUGCAGCAACGAAACAGCAGCAUGUAAAUUGGAGAACAAAGUUUGGGCUGCAGUUGCUGAUGAAACUGCUUCAGCAGUAAAAUAUGGUUUCAAAGAACAUCUCUCAGAUGCCCCCAUAAAUAUACCUCCUCCAGCUUGUAAGAACAAUGAUUUUAAUGGCUCUGUGGAUGAUUUUUUCAAUCCUAGAAGGGUGAAGGUUGAAUUGCCGGUUCGUGUUGAUUUUGUUGGGGGUUGGAGUGACACUCCUCCAUGGAGCUUGGAGCGUGCUGGUUGUGUCUUGAAUAUGGCAAUAAGUUUGGAAGGUUCUCUUCCAAUUGGCACCAUCAUAGAGACAACAAAAGCUACUGGUGUCUUUGUCAGUGAUGAUGCUGGAAAUGAGUUGCACAUUGAAGACUUAACCUCAAUUGCUACUCCAUUUGACCACAGUGAUCCAUUUCGGCUUGUUAAAUCUGCACUGCUUGUGACUGGCAUAAUUCAUGAAAAUGUUCUGGCAUCAGUGGGCUUGAAGAUUACAACUUGGGCCCAUGUUCCUCGUGGCAGCGGCUUGGGGACUUCUAGCAUCUUGGCAGCUGCUGUUGUGAAAGCACUUCUGCAGAUUACUGACGGUGAUGAAAGUAAUGAAAAUGUUGCACGACUUGUUCUGGUAUUAGAACAGCUUAUGGGGACAGGUGGUGGCUGGCAGGAUCAAAUUGGGGGUCUCUACCCUGGCAUUAAGUUUACUGCAAGUUUUCCUGGAAUUCCGCUGCGACUACAAGUCAUCCCACUUUUGGCUUCUCCUCCAUUAGUUUCAGAGUUGCAGCAACGCUUGCUUGUGGUAUUUACUGGUCAAGUUCGACUAGCACACCAAGUCUUGCAAAAGGUGGUAAUCCGAUACCUUCGAAGGGACAGCCUUCUCGUAUCCAGCAUCAAGCGCCUUGCCGAACUGGCUAAGAUCGGGAGAGAAGCUCUGAUGAAUGGCGACAUAGACGACCUUGGGGACAUAAUGCUAGAGGCAUGGAGGUUACAUCAAGAACUCGACCCUUACUGCAGUAACGAGUUUGUCGAUAGACUCUUUGAAUUCGCACACCCCUAUUGCUCCGGCUACAAGCUCGUCGGUGCCGGUGGUGGAGGAUUUGCCUUGUUACUCGCCAAGGAUGCCGAGCAUGCAAAGAAACUAACACAUUUGCUGGAAAAAGAUUCAAACUUUGACGUCAAAGUAUACAACUGGAACAUCUCCUUAGAUAAGUAGAGUCAUACACAUCUUAUUACAAGGUGCAUUACUAUAUUUUCUAGAUUGAUUCUUGGUUUCUCACACAUUCUUCAUUCAUUCGAAAUUCUGUAUACUAAUAAGUACCAGAAACAGAUGCCCGUAAAUUCGUAAGUACCACAUUGUUUUAUUCUAAACACAUUGUAUCUAAUAUCGUUCAUGAUCCAAA